CAUGGAGCCGCUGCCGGCCGCGGAGCCACCGCCGGCCGCCGCUCGCCAGGUAGAAACAGAUGACCAAAUAGCCCUCCUUAGUAAGCCCAGGAAUAAAGGAGGAAACAGUGAUCUGGCAUCAGCUGGAUUUAACAUUAUUAAUUCAAUCAUAGGAUCAGGCAUUAUAGGAUUGCCAUAUUCGAUGAAGGAAGCUGGUUUUCCUCUAGGAAUACUGCUUUUGUUUGUGGUUGCCUUAAUCACAGAUUAUUCCAUUAUAUUGCUGAUCAAAGGAGGAAAUCUGUCCGGUACCAAAACCUAUCAAGAGCUGGUCAAAAAAACCUAUGGUCUUGUAGGUUAUCUAAUCCUUUCAAUUCUCCAGUUUUUAUAUCCAUUUAUUGCUAUGAUCAGUUACAACAUAAUAACAGGAGACACUUUAACUAAAGUUUUUCAGAGAAUUCCUGGAGUUGGGGUGGAUAACGUGCUUACCGACCGUCACUUCAUAAUUCUUCUUACCACCAUCAUCUUUACCUCACCUAUAUCUUUAUAUCGAGACAUAGCAAAAUUGGGAAAGGUAUCUUUUCUUUCUCUGGUUCUAACCAUUGUCAUCCUGGUUGUUGUGAUGGUGAGAGCAGUAACCUUCAGUCCACAAGUACCCAAAUCAGAAAAUGCAUGGAUAUUUGCAAAACCAAAUGCAGUACAAGCCGUUGGGGUGAUGUCAUUUGCAUUCAUCUGCCAUCAUAACAGCUUUUUAAUAUAUGGGUCUCUGGAAGAACCCACAUUAAAGAAUUGGUCUCAAGUCACGCAUAUGUCUGUGGCCCUUGCUCUUAUCAUCAGUGUAGCGUUUGCUGCCAGUGGAUAUAUGACUUUUACAGGAUACACAGAAGGAGAUAUAUUUGAAAACUACUGUAGAGAUGACAACCUUGCUACAUUUGGAAGGUUUUGUUAUGGAGUUACUGUAAUUCUGACCUUCCCCCUUGAAUGUUUUGUGACCAGAGAGGUGAUUGCCAAUGUGUUUUUCCAUGGGAACCUCUCAACAGUUUUCCAUGUUGUUGUGACAGUAGUUAUCAUUGCUGUGGCGACUGGUGUAUCAUUAGUGUAUGAUUGCCUUGGAAUAGUUUUAGAGCUGAAUGGAGUUUUGAGUGCUACCCCACUUGUUUUUAUCAUCCCAUCAGCGUGUUACCUAAGGCUGUCCAAGGAGCGGUGGAACCAUCCAGAUAACCUCAUAUCCUGCCUGAUUCUUGUUCUUGGUGUGCUAGUGAUGGCAGUUGGGUUUGUCAUGACUGUCUUGCAUCCCCAGGAAUGUAGCCAUGGAAAAGAAAUGUUCUACUGCUCCCCUAGUAAUGUUUCUUUACACAACAGCACACUUCCACCCUAGGUAUUUACUUACAUACUUGAUUUUAUGCUGCCAUCCUUUUUCAGGUGAGACUUCAGUUUUAACUUUUGAAACACAAAAUCUCAGAGGUGCC